UUAUGGCGUCGGCCACUGAUUGGCUACUCAAUAAUCACGGACUGCUGGGGCCGGACGGGGUCUACCGGGAAAACACAUACCCCGAACCGGUAGCCUAUAGGCCCCUGAAUGGCACUAAUGUGCCGAUAGGGGGCUCCUUGGCCUUUGUAUUGUCGCAGUUUGGUUACGAUGUAUGGCUCGGCAAUUGCAGGUCAUCUGUCUAUUCAAUGGGUCACACGUUUCUCAAUUACAAAACCGACUCUAGGUAUUGGAUGUUUUCAAUUGACCAGAUCGGUCUCGACGACAUUCCCGCAAUGAUUCAAUACGUCAGAGACAAUACCGGUCAAAGCAAGAUAGGUUACAUUGGCCACUCGCUGGGCUGCACCGGUAUGUUUAUGCUGCUAUCGGCGAGACCUCAAUUCGCUGAUGUAUUAACCGAUUACAUAGCGUUAGCGCCGGCAGUGUUUGUCAACAAUACAUAUGGACUCCCGAUUAAACUCCUAUCUCCUCUACAAUUUGUAUUCAGAAUGUUACCUAUGGGCCUUGAACCAGGGAAUGUGGUACCGUUACAACGCCAACUGCAGGGUCUAUUUUGUGGUGAUAAAAUUAUUAGCAUUUUUUGCGGUAGUUUUCUGGGAAUAUUAAUGGGACAAAAUCCACUUGACGUCGCUUAUGAUCGUCUAGGUGCUUUUUUGUCUCAUUUUCCCAACUCAAUUUCCACCUGGGUCAUAACGCACUUAUUGCAGUGGGCGGGCACCGGGCAUUUUCAGCGUUUUGAUUACGGCCCGCAAGAAAAUCACGUACGAUAUGGACAGUCAGAUCCGCCGCAAUACCCGCUAAAUAAUAUUAAAAUGAAUAAAAUUUCAAUAAUUUAUUCGUUAAACGACGCGAUCACUGAAUAUAGAAAUGUUCGCAUGAUUAAGGAAUAUAUGACAGUGCCUCUAUAUCGUGAGAUAUUAAUCCCAAUAAUUCCCAGUACUCCCCCGGGCAUGAUCUUUUCAAUAUACGCGCCUAUUAUGGUGGACAUGAAGUACAUACUAAACACAUCGCUCGAUUGGGUCUCACUGUUUACCACGUUUGAAACUGCGGGCUUUUUUCUCGGCACAUUUGUUGGUCUACUCUACAAAUACGUGAACAGACAGCUGACAAUGGCGUUGACAUUCAUACUGAUGACAGUGGCGUCGGCGGUCAUACCCUUAUACCCCAACCUAUGGGUACUAUAUUUGGGUGCGUUUAUGAUAGGCAUCGGGUCGAGCUGUUACGUGGCCGCCAGCACCGUAUGGAUCAUCGAGCUCUGGAGGGGUCGACCCAUACCUAUACUGCAAAUAUUUGAGUUCUGGUUCGGCAUCGGAGAGAUAUUGACUACAGUGGCCCUCAAACCUUAUGUUGUCGGCGAGACUACGGCCACAAUCAAUCAGACAUAUGCCCAGCACGUGGGGCCCAAACAGACCAUGCUCAACUCGCAGUACUAUUCAGAAACUGUCGUGGUGAAUAGGAGAGCUCGACUAAUGAUACCGACCCUGGUAAUUGGCGCCAGCAUUUUAGCAAUACCCAUAUCGCUGGUGGUACUAUAUUUCGUACGUCCAUACAAAACUCCCACCAACAUGGUAAAAGAGGAUGCUAGCUCAGUGGACAACAACAAUAAACAUGAUAAUAAUAACGUGUCCAACGAAUCGCAACAUAUGGUCAAACUAUUUGACCGAAAGGAUACGCCCAGGCGUUUGGCGCGCCUGUGUUUUGCACUUUGGUUUUCAAUACACUUGUCGUUUGAAAUGGUUUUUCUCAAAUUUUGUGUCGCCUAUUUCCAGUACUCACCCCUACACGUGCCCGUAGAGACCGGUACGCAGAUACUGUCCACCGGGGUGACCGUGUAUACAGUGGGUCUAGCAUUGAACAUAUUCUAUGUGUAUAAAUUCAACCUAAACUACGUGCUGGCCGUACACUACCUGUGCGUUAUAGUGGGCACUAUACUACUUGUGCCGGCCCAGCACUCGCUACCCUGCCUAUGGGCGGCCAGCAUAAUGCUAUUGUACGGCUUUUCGGCCAUGUUCGCCGGCAUUGUCACGUUCACCGAGCGUUAUUUGAACAUGACCAACCAGUUGAGCACACUGUUCAUGAUGAUCCGUAGCGUAUUUAACCUUGUUACUCCCAUCGUGGUGGGCCGUUAUCUACAAAACUACACACAAAUAUUUAUCAUAUUCGAAUUCGCAUAUUUGGGCAUAUCGUUGGUGAUGUUCUCUGUGAUUAUAUUUCUCAUUAAAAACAGCAGGUACAAAUCGGGUAAAUGCGGGCUGACCAGCUCUAGAUGUCAAGGUCAAACACUCACCUUUCACCUUAACCAAAACCCUAUCACCUUGAAAAUCAAGGCAAACCUUGACCAGUUGGCAACCCUAUCUGCACUAGUCCAGUUGGAGGCAUUUGGGAACUUUUCCGUCGACACCAAUGUCCACGAAAUUGCGUUAUUUAUGUGCGAACCGUCGGACGCGGACACUAACGUCGGGGCAGUAGUCGACUGUAGAAACCCAGCCAAACAGCCGCCGGGGUUUCAACGCUGUUAUAAGCCAUACAUUUUCAUGAAGAUCAUGUCCGCGAUGGGACCGGUAUGGCAACUGCCACCGGACACGGCCCUACCGUUGGGCACACCCGAGACCCGUGUACUACACGUACUGACCAUUUUUCAUCACACGGGCCCUCAUCUAUAUGGCCGACCCCUGGAGUGGACCGUCCGGUUGUGGCACUCGGACCCCAUUCGGCCCAAAGAGAUGCAAUUGUUGCCAAUUGGUCUCAAUCCGAGCGCCGGUGCUGUCAUUCCGGCCGGUCGUAAACGAUUCGUCAAUGUUGGUCACUGUAGCAACCAGUGUUUCAAAGAGUCGGCGCCGGAUGGCUUUAAUAUCACCAUAAUACAACCGCAUUUUAAUCAUUUUGGCACAGAUUUAGUUGUAAGACAUUUCCGGAACGGGAAGGAAAUGCCCAGUAUUUACGAAAUACAUAACGUUAGGGACAUUCACUUAUUGCGGCCAAAAGUAUUGGCCCGAGAGGUGCACAUCGGGGCCGACGAUACGUUGUCUGUCGAGUGCACGUAUGACAGCACCAGAGAUAAUAGGAAUUACACUAUAUUACACAUGUUCCGGAAUGACAACGAUGAAAUGUGUAACGCAUUUAUAUACAAAUACCCGCCAAACAACAAAAUCAACAUGUGCUUAUCCGCAUUUGGCCAAGAUUUUCUCUCGCAAGUAACCGGGUUUGAUGAAUGCUCCAAAUUGAAAACAUUUCCGUCAAACCUAUCAUUAGAGAAAUAUAUGCGACAGAAAAAUGAUUGGAGUAAUGACUUUGAGGAUAGGCUUAGGUAUUCAAAGCAAAUACCAACAUGCUCCUAUCUCGGUUGGAAAUCAAACAACCAGGAUGGUGGCGUAGGCUAUCCUGAUGCUUAUAUACCAGAGAAAAUACGGGCUAAAUUAGAAAAUAAAACCCAGACUAAUUUAACUACAAAUCUUACUUGUCCCACAACCGAUAAAUUGGUCAAAAUAACCAAGCUAUAA